UAAAAAUAAUCCCCUUUUACAACUGUAUAAAUAGCACCAAAUUACAAAAAUGUUAUUGUGCUCAAAGCAAUAUCAAAAAGCACGUUUUGUAAAAUGGAAGCGUCGUCCAUGAUAAUUGCAGGCUUAUUUUUUAUAUUUGUUAUAAGUUUAGUGCUACUAUAUUUCGGAAAUACGUGGCAUGAGCCUGAUGAAGAAACAGAAGUAAUAAAGACCAGAGCAGUUAAAACAACUGAAACGAAGAAUAAGUCUUAUCCACAUAUGCCAUCACCACCCCCCCACAUUACACGAGGAAUGCAACGUGCACCCUCUCUCAACUCGCCAUACCCAGCCUCGCCACCUCCUUUAGGCUUCGAAUUCACGACCACUUUACCCACACCAACAGAAACUGUGCAGUCUCCUCUUCCAUAUCCGCUGGGAGAAAUAGCCGAAAUGCCUCGCCCGAUAGAUCUGACCAACUUUCGUCCACCGCCAAACGAAUGGUCGUACAUUGAAGAACAAGUUGUGAGAGAUGUCGCCCGUGAUGCACCCAGUAUACAUCCGCCCUCGUACGAGGAGGCUCUAAGUGAAGGAUCUACAGUUCGAAAUCGCCACCAAAUGUAACAAAUUUUGUGAUCUUGCGUUUUACAAUAGAAAUUUGAUAUGUAACAAACAUAUAAAAUUUUAAUUUGAAAGUCAACUACAUAUACAAAUAAUUGGCCGCAAUUAGGACAAUUGAAUGUCAUGUCAAUGGUCACACUUUCGCUUGCUUGGCUACUUCAGCAUACGAUGGAGGUAAAUCCCCGGAAGAAGCAUUGGUAUACACAGGGUGUGUCGCCGAUUGACCUACAAGUAAAUUAGCAGUGCUACCUUGCAAAAACGGGCAAUAAUUACCAAACUGAGUCUGAUAAAUGUAAGGAUUAGAGAGAACAGGUUGUGGAUAUGUGACAAUGUUACUCGUGAUUACACAUUGUUGACGUGCUAAAACUAGAAUUUCGUUAAUGUAGUAGGUGUAGUACAACUUAUACUCAAUUUACGUCUUCGCUUUUGCCUAUUCCGAAUCCAGAAAAGAAAUAAUAUCACUAGCAAAAUCUUAAAUAUUAUGAAUAUCGACCAAAUGGUUGCAUCACCCAUCAUAUUCUAGUUUGUAUUAACAGCACUAUAAACAUAAACAAAAAUGGCACUUUGAUUCGAGAAGCAAAGGCGAUUGACAAA